AUGUUGCGCUGGGGCAUGCUCGGAACGAGCUUCAUCUCAGAUGUCGUGGCAAAAUCCAUCCUCAACAGCAAGGGCUCCACCAUCGCAGCUGUAUUCGGGCGAGACGAAACACGCCUGAACGCAUUCGCAGAUAAGCAUGGAAUCGCAGAACGAUAUACCUCUAUCGAUGAUCUCCUCGACAAGGCCUCUAUUGACGUUGUCUACGUCGGCCUGCCAAACCACAUGCACACCCCCGCCGUUGUCGCAGCGGCCAAGCGGGGAAAGGCGAUUCUGUCAGAGAAGUCGCUCGCAACAACGAUGGAGGACUCUAAAGUUAUUGAGGAGGCAGUCAAAGACGCCAAUGUAUUCUUUCUCGAGGGACUUAUGUACCUCACGCAUCCGUUGAUGAAGAAAACUCAAGAACUGCUCCUGGAGGGUCGCAUUGGCCAAGUCCGUGGUAUUUCGGGCUACUACUCUGCCAAUAUCUGGAAGAAGGCCAAUCCGCUGAGCAUGGGAACCAUUUACAACCUUGGCUGCUAUCCAGUGUCACUACUUCACUUUGUGAUGGAGACAGCAUACGGUGGUGGUGCGUUUGCUGAGCGUCAGUUACAUGGCUUCGGCAAUAUCUCGAAGGAAGGCAGCGUUCAUGUCCGUGACGCUUCACUGACAGUCCGAUUUGACAAUGGUGUUCUUGCGAGCCUGCAGUCAACCGACAGCUACGGAAAUGACUUCUCGUUCGCGAUUCUCGGCGACAAGGGCCGAAUCAGGUUCCUUACCAAUCCUUGGUUGCCGGUUGCUGGUGACAAUAUCAUCGAGGUUAAGACUUAUGGCGGGACGACUGAGCAGGUUGUUAUUCCGGCGGAGCUGGAUGCGUUUGGACAUCAAGUCAAAAAGGUGGAGGAUUGUCUUUCUCGGGGAGUCAAAGCGGCGGAGAGACCUUCGCCGAAUGUUGAUCAGAGUUUGGAGAUUAUGGGGUUGUUGACUGAGUGGGAGGCUCUGAUCCAGAGCCAGCACAAGUGA